AUGGCGUCCAAUACCGAACACAAUGUUUUGGCAGCAGACAAGGAGCAAGGCGUCACUUCCAACCAGUCGAACAAUUUCCUCUCACCAGAUAAGCAGGAAGGUCAACGAGACGUCUCAGAAAACACAUCCGUCGCCGGCCUCGACGAGAUCGAUCAAGAAAAACAACAAGCCGCAACCCCAACAGAAGAAGCACCACCCCGUGAUAUCACAGGCUGGAAAUGGAUUGUCGUCGUCCUCUCCAUCCUAAGUUCCACCUUCCUGUUCGCCCUCGACAACACCAUCGUCGCAGACGUUCAACCCGUCAUCGUCCGAGAAUUCAACUCCGUAUCCAAACUCAGCUGGCUCAGUGUAUCUUUCCUCAUCGGUGCAGCAGCCACCAAUUUGGUCUGGGGAAAGAUCUUUGGUCAGUUCAAUGCCAAAUGGACAUAUAUUCUCUGCGUCACGUUGUUUGAGGUCGGCUCCGCGAUAUGUGGUGCCGCCCCAACCAUGGAUGCUCUGAUCGUUGGACGGGCUAUCUGUGGUGUGGGAGGAUCUGGGAUGUAUGUCGGCGUUAUGACGCUUCUUGCUGCGACUACUACGAUCCAUGAGCGUCCUAUGUAUGUUGGGGGAACUGGUCUCACCUGGGGUCUCGGCACGGUGCUAGGGCCGAUCAUUGGAGGAGCAUUCACGGAUUCGUCUGCUGGAUGGCGAUGGGCAUUUUACAUCAAUCUCUGCAUCGGCGCCGUAUGCGCACCAGUCUACCUCUUCAUGCUCCCCAACCACGAUCCCCGCCCAGGAGUAACUCUGAAAGACCGCGCCCGUGAGAUGGACUACCUCGGAACGCUCCUCACCCUCGGCGCCUUCAUCUCCGGCGUCAUGGCCAUCUCAUUCGGCGGCAUCCAAUACGCCUGGAACAGCGGCACCAUCAUCGGACUCUUCAUCUGCUCUGGUGUCCUCUUCAUCCUUCUCGGCCUGCAACAAGUCUACACGAUCUUCACCAACACCUCCCGGCGUAUCUUCCCCAUUGAGUUCUUCAAGUCACGCACCAUUCUCAUUCUGUUCGCUAUGACUGCUGCGGGAGGAACAGCGGUCUUCAUCCCUAUCUACAUGAUGCCCAUCUAUUUCCAAUACACUCGUGGUGACUCCGCCCUCGAAGCAGGCGUGCGUCUCCUCCCCUUCAUCUUCCUCAUGAUCUUCGCCGUCAUCGGAAACGGAGCCAUCCUCUCCGCAUACGGGUACUACAUGCCAUGGUACACCCUCGGCGGGAUCUUCGUCAUCAUCGGCGGCGCCCUCAUGUACACAGUCGGGACACACACCGCGACGGCCACCGUCUACGGGUACAGCAUCCUCAUCGGAUUCGGCACGGGUCUGUUCGCACAGGCUUCAUUCUCCGUAGCUCAGGCGAUUGUCGAGCCGGAGAAUAUCGCUUCGGCGGUGGGGUUUAUAACCUGUGCGCAGGUCACGGGUGUUACGAUCGCGCUGGCGAUUGCGAAUUCGGUUUUUCUGAAUGGGUCGCAGGAUAAGAUUGCGGCUUUGAUGCCGAUGGUGCCGAGGAGUGAUAUCCAGGCUGCGAUUGCGGGCGCGGGGAGUGAUUUUGUGGCGGGUCUGAGUCCGGAGUUGCAGGCUGGGGUGCUGCAUGCUAUUGUGGAGAGUAUGAGUAAGACGUAUAUCCUGGUUGUUACUGCUGGUGCGGUGGUGCUGGUGUUGAGUGCGGGGAUGAAGAGGGAGAAGUUGUUUAUGGCUGUUGGUGGGGCUGCGUGA